AUGAUUCCUCAAUCCGAGCUGUUAUCUAUUACACCACCGAUCUCUCACUCAAGUUUAUCUAUUACUCCAGCGAUUCCUCCCCAAGCUGUUAUUUAUUACUUUACCGAUUCCUCAAUCCGAGCAGCUGUUUAUUUUCUCACCGAUUCCUCAAUCCGAGCGGUUAUCUAUUACUCAACCGAUUCCUCAAUCCGAACUAUUAUCUAUUACUCCACCGAUUCCUCAAUCCGAGCUGCUAUCUAUUACACCAUCGAUUCCUCAAUCCGAGCUGUUAUCUAUUUUCCACCGGUUCCAAAAGUCGUCCCUGCUAUCUAUUACUCCAUCAAUUCCUCAGUCCGAGCUCUGUUAUCUAUUACUCCACCGGCUCCACAAUACGAGCUGCUAUCUGGGACUCCAUCAAUACCUCAGUCCAGGUGUUAUCUUUUAACAAUCAUUCCCCUCAUCCGAGCUGUUAUCUAUUACUCCAUCGAUACCUCCGAUCAGAGCUGCUAUCUAUUUCUCCACCGGUUCCUCAAUACGAGCUGCUUCUAUUACUCCAUCAAUUCCUCAGUCCGACUGAUAUCUUUUUACAACAUUUUCCCUAAUCCGAGCUGUUAUCUAUUACUCCAUCAAAUCCUCAAACCGAGCUGCUAUCUAUUAUUCACCGGUUUUACCUCAAUACGAGCUGCUAUCUAA